AUGGCCUCGUUGCGCAGUGGUUUAAUCGAUGUGCUCGUGCACGGGGAUUGGCAUCGUUUAUUGGCAACACUCGAUCCGACAGCGAUUACGUUACAGGCAAUCGAAGGCGAUCAUGGAAGCGAUUUCGAGUCGGAGAAGCGCACAGUGAGAGUCGUGAAGUAUGACGGGAAUGGUUUAGGGAUCAGUAUUAAAGGAGGACGGGAUAAUAAUAUGGCAAUUAUCAUUAGCAAAAUCUUCAAAGGAAUGGCCGCGGAUCAAACUGGAGAACUCUUUGUCGGCGACGCGAUACUGGCAGUCAACGGGGAGACAUUGUUAGACGCCACCCACGACGAAGCGGUUCGCGCGCUGAAGCGAGCCGGCCGAGUCGUCGAUCUGCAUGUACAAUACAAGCGGGACGAAUUGUCGCGUAGAGAAAACGUCGUGGAGCGUAUUGAAUGGGAUGACGAUCAACGAGAUCGGAUUAGAGCAAUUGGUCUAAAGCUGGCCUAUGUGGCUCGGGCGGGCUUCGACGCUGACGCUGAGGGUCGAAUUUUUGAGAUGAGAUCCCCAUCCGGUCGCUACUCGUUGACUUUUCGAUGUGCUUCGUCGGUGGAAGCGGACGCGUGGUUUGAGUCGAUUCACAGCUGCACACAGGCGCUUCUCACACAAGCACUUGCUCAGGUCAACCUGAUGCUUGGCGGGAAUCCGCAAGUGAAAAUGAUGGGAUGGGCUUCGGAACAGGUGAUCGAGGAUGGGAUUACCGUUUGGCGUCCAGUUUUCAUCACACUCACCCAAUCCGAGCUUCUCUUCUAUGAUGCCGUUCCACAAUUGAAAGCUGAAUGGGCUGAACCGCAAAUCGCUAGGCCUCUUGUCGCUACCCGAGUCGUUCAAACAACCUCUCGAACAGCUCCCGUACUCAAAGGACUCUCCGAUGUGAUCUCGCUAAGGCUUAGAACCGGCACUCAAGAGGGUGUUCGAUCUCAUAUUCUCCGUGUCGAAACACACGCCGAACUUGCGCGCUGGGUUCGAGCACUUGUCCUUGGCACAUAUGAGGCUUGUGCAGAUACGCAACAGGUCUCGUGCCCAUGCAUUUGGCGGGGUGAGAACGCGGAGCUGGUCCUUCACCUCGACUCCGGCAUCUCGUUGCUUGGAGAAAAUGGAGAGGUUUUCUGGGCGCAUCCAUUUGAAGCGAUUAGAGCCACCGGCGACGAUGGUGGUCGAUUUUUGUGGAUGGAUUUUGGGGCACCCGAUGGAGAACAGGAAAUGGAUCUCCACACGUCGGCAAAACCGAUCGUUUUCAUUUUGCACUCGUUUUUAGCGACAAAAGUCUAUCGUUUAGGGUUGUACGCU